UGGAAAUUGAUGACGAUGAUGAUGGUGACGAUGAUGACGACGAUGUUGAUAUCGAUGACGAUGAUGAUGAUGACGAUGAUUAUGAUAAUGAUGAUGAUGAUGACGAGGAUAAUGACGAUGAUGAUGACGACGACGAUGAUGACGAUGGUGAUGAUUACGACGAUGAUGAUGAUGACGAUGACGAUGAUGAUGGUGAUGAUGACGAGGAUAAUGACGAUGAUGAUGACGAUGAUGAUGACGAUGAUGAUGACGACGACGAUGAUGACGAUGAUGAUGACGAUGAGAACGACGACGAUAAUAAUGAUGACGAUGAUGAUGAUGACGUCGAUAAUGAUAUUGAUGAUGACGACGACGAUGAUAAUGAUGACGAUGAUAAUGAUGACGAUGAUGACUAUGAUGAUGAUGAUGAUGAUGGUGAUGACGAUGACGAUUACGAUGACGACGACUAUUAUCAGCGGUAA